CAUUUAGUUGGAAAUCUCCAUAUAAAGUCAGAUAGAGAGAAUUUGCUAUUUGCUUAAAGAAUUGAUAAUUUUUCGUUAAAAAGAAAAGAAAGAGUCAAUUUUCUUAUCAAAGCGCCAUAAAUGCUUAAUAAAGAUUUACAAUAAUAAAUAAUUUAAAGCAAAGUAAAAACCAAAACGGAUCGCACAGUUUACAAAGAGUAUAGCACUAAAAUUAUGGGUCGCCGUUGUUGUAUUGCUGGUUGCGCCUCCACAUCACGGUUGCCGGAACACCACGGUGUCACUUAUCACUCAUUCCCUUUGGAUCAGAGUACUCGAGUGAUAUGGAUACGCAAUACACGUAUAAGCGCUGAAAGACAAAUCACUAAAAGUGUUUUAGUUUGCUCGCGACAUUUUAGGCGGGCAGAUUUUCAACCUCAACGUAGCGGUAAAUAUCUACUUAAACAACGAGUUUUCCCUACGGUCUUUCCAUGGGGAAAGAUGGAUAGUGCGCAAAUUGAAGCAGACAUGGAGUUUUUAAGUUCUUCCACGGGUGCGCCUGCGCCGCUUUUACCAGCACCAUCUUCUUCUACAGUAGAUGAGGAUACCAAAGCUACCGUAGCAGCAACAGUAGCGCAAAUUAUGGCUCAGACUGCUGAAUUAAACGCUGCAGCAACCACAAAAACUUCUAAAAUCAAUGAAAGGAAUGAAGAAAAUAGCGCAAAAGAUGAAAAUGCUGCAUCCAGCACAUCUUCAGGCAUUAAGUAUCAGCCUAUUACGUCUUUCAGCGUUGGUUUGCGUUUGGAGGUUAAAGAAGAAUUGAAGGAAAUAUGGCACGCAGCCAGAGUUGUAGAUGUCGACGACAUUAAUGAAUUUGAGAUUCUAGUUAAAUUUGAAAAAACCGGAAAGACUAAUUCGGCUAUUGUCGGUACUGAAGAAUGGAUCCCUAUGAAUUCUCCACGUUUACGUCAAAGAAUUUCAACAAAAUCUGCACACCCAGAACACACAUUUGCUUUGGAAGAGAAAUGCAUGGCCCGUUGGUCGGGACCGAGUAAAUAUCCCGGAACAGUGAAGAAAGUACUGCCGAAUGAUAUGUAUGAGGUUUUGUUUGAUGAUGGUUACAAAAAGAAUGUCAAAGCCAUACAUAUGAGUAAAACAUCACUUAACCAAAGAGAAGAAUCAUCUGUAAUCACAGAUGCAGCGAUUGACACAACAAACGUUGGUGCGUUAUCUUCCGCGGUCGGAUUGAAGCGGGCAGCCGCUAACCCUUCUUCAUCGGGGGGUGGUAAAAAACGUUCUCUGAAUGGACCAAGGCGUGACUGGCCAUUAUUAGAUAUGUCGAAAUUGGAUUUAAGCUCUUUGAAUCUCCCUGAAAUACCGCGGGAUGGUGAGUGGACAUGUCAUUGGGUAAAUGAUCAACCAAUUGGUCGUGAGGGUUAUCUUAUCGUAGGAGAACAUCGUAAGCCCACGGUUAUUGUCGAAGAUUGGCGUCUCCCUCCUGGUUGGAUAAAACAUAUGUACCAACGGUCUAACGUUUUGGGCAAAUGGGACGUAAUUUUGGUGACGCCUAGUAGCAAGCGUUUUAGAUCGAAAUCCGAUUUAAAACUUUAUUUGGAGGAGCAAGGACAAGUAUAUAAUCCAGACAUUUAUGAUUUUAGCAUUCAUCGUCGUCGUGCUAAAGAUAUUAAUUGCUAUGUUUUCACACCGGACUACGUACCAUCUCAUCCAAUUAAAGCUAAAUCUGCAUUGCAUUCAUCUCCAGAUAAUGCGCCUGAAACUAAACGUUCUAAUGGAAAUGCAAACGUAACAAAUAAACAAGCAACGACUGUUAAUCACUUUUUAGAAAGUCCUGUAGCUGAAUCUACGCCACCAAUAGAGUUGUUGACUUCUUCCGCAGCUAGUGAAGACAAAAAUAUAACCCAGGUAGUCUCCGAGAUUCCACCCAAACAAUUAUUGGAAUCCGCUGAAGCCAGUUCAACCCCAACACCUUCUACUACCCCAACCGUAAUGACGAAAGAGGAAAGUACAUCGACAACAACAACCUCUGAGCACCCUAAAGUCGAUAAAGGUUUUGCUGUUAUCGGAGGUCUGAAGGUACAAAUUAUCGACAAUCUAUUUCGUUGCCCUCAGGAAGGCUGUUCAAAAAAUUUUCGCAAAGAGAAUCAUUUGCAAAUACAUGUCAAACAUUACCAUCAGGAUCUAAAUAAAUUGCUGGGUUCCUGUCCGAAAAUGCAAGAAUUAGCUGAAAAACGUACACACACAUCCGAACAUGAUUCCAGUGAACCUACACCGAAAAACCAAAUACCUAAUCAACAAUUUUUCGCAAAGCUUCAUCAGCAAGAUCUAGAACAGAGCAGAGCACAUAGACGCAGUAUGGGGGUGAUGAAACAACCGAAUGAAGCCACCCCGCCCAUUGCAGAAUCAAAAGAUAAUAUCAUGAAAACUGAUGACCAAGACAUAAAAGCAUCUGUUACUUCGCAUACCCUUAAUGAGUCGGCAAAUCAGUUGGAUUCUACUGCUGAAAGCUCAAUAGUUAAGGAUUCGUUCAGCUCACCUACUCUAGAUAAUAAUCUCAACGAAUCUGGAACAAUAGGGAUAAAUUUAAAUGAGCCCUCUACAUCCAAAAGGCUUUCUCCUACGAAACGUACUUCGGGCUCGAGAAAAAGUCAACGUCAACGCACUACUCGUCGUUAUUUGACUGCAGCUCAGGCUACCGCUGGGACUGCUGCUUUGACUUCUUUGGUAAUGGCUUCAGACACAAGUUUCGGCGGGGUUACUGAUUUAGAGGAGACUAGACACUCCUUUAAUGCAACUCCUGAUCAUGGUACAAGUGCCACAAAAAAACGCAAGUCCACCGCCGUUAUCAAUGCUCCAGCUACCCCUUUAAGUGGCGUUGACUCGCCUAUAACUGCCGAUUCAGGUUCGGCAGGUUCCUUUGCCGUUCCCUCGUCGAAUGAAAAUGAAGUUGCUCAUACUCCCCAAUACAUUAAAGAAAAUGGUGAACUAAUCAAAAUAGUCCGUAUGCGUCAAGAAGAGAUUAUCAAUUGCUUAUGUGGAUACGGUGAAGAAGAUGGACUUAUGAUACAGUGCGAGUUAUGCUUAUGCUGGCAGCAUGGCUUUUGCAAUGGUAUUGAUAAAGAAUCGCAAGUACCCGAGAAAUACGUUUGUUAUAUUUGUCGUCAUCCUCAAAGAGCUCGUGAAUCUAUGCUUUUUAAGCACGAUCAAGAUUGGUUGUAUGAAGGUAAAUUACCUCAGGCGAAUUAUCACUCUUCAGAUCCUUCGGCAUCAAAUAAAUUUGAUUUCCUUAAAAGAUGUCACACGCUAACAGGUAAUCUCUUGGAAUUGAAAAAUUUCAUGCAUUCAUUGCGUGUCAAGAUCAAUAUAGCGAACAAUAAAUAUCAUCCUAAACUUUAUUUAUGGGCUAAACGUUGGGAUGAAACGCCCAUUAAAUCAGAAAUAAAAAAUUCCGAACAGCAGAGCACAAAUGAUAACAAAGCUCAAUUUUCACCAGUUAAUAGUAGCACUUCGCCAUCGAAGAAAAUCAAGUUGGAAUCUGCAACGCCUCUGAAACCCGUGCCCAAUAUACCGCAACCCGAGGCACCUAUAGACCCUGUUGAAUGUCAGCAACGUCUACUUGAGCAUAUUAAAGUACAGCAACAGUUAGUAAUGAGUCGCUUGGAAGAAAUCGAACUCGCUAUAGACGACUUGGAACGUAAUGAUAGCUUGGAAGAUUUAAAAGGAGCCAAUUGCAGUGGCACCAAAGAUGUUUUAGCUGCGUUUAUUAAAGAAUUGGACACGAUUAAGCAAAUCGCUAAACUUAACACGUUGGAACAUCGAAAAUUGGCCAAUAAAAGUCCACCAGCUUUACCGGCCGGAAAAUAAAAUGGCUUUUCUGCAUGAAUUAAGAUUUUUGUUUGUAAAAAGUAU